UACAAAGUAUGCUUAAUAAAGUAACAAAAUUAAAAUUUAAUAAAUUAACUACAUCAAAAGAUUGUUUAAAACAUGUUGUAGAUAAUAAUAAUCAAAUAAAUAAAAAUGAACCUAAUAAAAUACUUGAAAAUACCAAUACUACUAAUAUACCUGAAAAUACUAAAACUACUAAAAUAUCUAAAGAA